AUGAAGUCAGAAUACGGAAGUGCCAGCGAGAACUCCACCCUUCUUGGCGUGCAAAGAAAAAAAACAGGGUUGAUAGGCAGAUACGGAUGGAUGGAAUUGAGCCUUUUCACUUGGGCUGUUGUCGCCACAUUUACUGCUGGAUUUUUGGCUUUCGUUUCCAAGCAUCACGAAUCCCUUCAAGGAAGUCAGGUGACAAAACUGGUAUCAGGAAAGCGAAAUUUAGUGUUCAUGGUAUCAGAUGGAAUGGGACCUGCUAGCUUGUCGAUGGCUAGAAGUUUUCGUCAAUAUGAAGCCGGUUUACCUAACGAAGAUAUACUAAACCUCGACCGAUACUUGAUUGGAUCCUCCAGGACGAAAUCUAGCAGCAGUCUAGUCACCGACAGUGCUGCUGGUGCCACAGCCUUCUCAUGUGGGAAAAAAAGCUACAAUGGUGCCAUCUCAAUGCUACCAGACUUUGCUCCCUGCGGAACUGUCCUAGAAGCUGCGAAAAAAGCAGGAUAUAUGACGGGCUUAGUUGUGACUACGGACAUUACAGAUGCUACGCCAGCUUGUUUCGCUUCGCAUGUCAAGAAUCGAAGGUAUGGCGAUGAUAUCGCACUUCAGGAAGUUGGAGAGAACCCACUCGGUCGCGUCGUUGAUCUAAUGUUUGGAGGAGGCCUCUGUCAUUUUCUUCCCAAUACAACGCAUGGUAGUUGUCGACGGGACGAUAGAAAUGUUAUUAAGAUUGCAGAAAAUGAUUUUGGUUGGAAUUAUAUAAGCAGCCGAAAGGAAUUUGACGCACUAAGACCCGGAAAAUCGAUGAAUUUGCCUUUACUCGGGCUUUUUGCAGAGUCAGAUAUACCCUACGAACUUGAUCGACGCAAUCUUAACGAUGUUUAUCCCUCACUUGAUGAAAUGACUCGAACGGCACUCAAAGCUCUCGAGAUGGCCACUAAAAAUAGCGAUAAAGGUUUUUUCUUAAUGAUUGAAGGAAGUCGAAUUGACCAUGCCGGUCAUGGGAAUGACCCUUCCGCGCAAGUUAGGGAAGUAUUGGCAUAUGAUGAAGCAUUCUCAAGUGUCGUAAGAUUUAUAGAGGAAUCAGAAACUGAAGGUGUACUGGUCUCAACAUCAGACCAUGAGACUGGUGGCUUAUCAGUUGCAAGGCAAUCAACUUCUCAAUAUCCUGUCUACAAAUGGUAUCCAGAAGCGCUAGCAAAUUCUUCAAGAUCUGCAGAGUUUCUCGCGGCUGAGCUGAAGAGGUUUAUGGCGACAGAUCAAAAUGGAAAUUCUCUAGAGAAUUUCAUUAGCGAAGAGCUUGUGCAAAAGGGCUUGGGCAUAGUUGAUGCAUCAAGAGCCGAAAUACAAAUGCUUAUCGACGAGCCCUCUCUGAGCAUUUACACCUUUGCAGACAUGGUAAGCCGGAGGGCCCAGAUUGGAUGGUCUACUCAUGGCCACUCUGCGGUGGAUGUUAACGUCUACGGAACUAUUGGCUCUGAAUCUCUGCGGGGGAAUCACGAGAAUACAGAAGUAGGAGAAUUUCUUCGAAAAUACCUAGAUGUUGAUGUUGAUGCUAUCACUAAGGAGCUACGGGAGAACUUCAAUGCUUCUAAACUCACAGAAACAUUAUCAAUAUCAUUGUCAGAGAAAAUAGUAUAG